AUGCACGGCACAUAUAAGGCAAUAGAAAAACAAGAAAACGAAUGGGAUGUCAGGUACGGUAGUCCACACCAUUCUCGAUCCCAAUCAGUGAAGGCGCAGAGAUCUCGUACGGGAGAACGUCAGCUCUUAGGACUGCCACAACAAAGAGCGAGAGUAGCGUCUAUGCCCAACACUGGCGUCGAAGAGGAGUAUUAUAGACUGAGGCAUUUUAGUAUAACUGGUAAAGGUGUAAUAAAUAGAGGGGAUUCCCUACGAUCCAGACGGUCACGGUCCAACACAUCGGUGGCGUCCAGCGCGUCUAGCACUGAGGCUGUGACGAGAGCUUCAGCGCCUUGCUCUUUAGCAUCUUCGAGGGAUUCAUCAGCUGGUCUCAGUACAUACAGAGUGUUGGUGCUGGGCGGGCCGGGUGUGGGCAAGUCGAGUCUAGUGGGUCAGUUCAUGACGUCGGAGUACUUGCACGCGUACGAUACUAGCAUUGAUGACGAAUCUGGUGAGAAGUCCGUUUGCGUGUUGCUCGCGGGAGAGGAGUCGGAGAUCACUUUCCUAGAUUCACCGCCAGACAAUGUGAUUUCUGAAGGAGCAGCGCACGGCUACUGCGUGGUGUACAGUACAGCAGACAGAACCAGUUUCGCAGAAGCCGAGAGGAGGCUCCAGACGCUGUGGGCGGCGGGACACACCACUCGGCGGGCGGUCAUACUCGUCGGCAACAAAGCGGACCUGGCCAGGUCUAGAGUGGUGCCCACUGAUGAAGGCAAAGCCCUCGCAACAUCAUACGAAUGCAAGUUUAUAGAAACGUCGGUGGGGAUCAACCACAACGUGGACGAACUGCUAGUGGGACUCCUCACGCAAAUCAGACUGAAGCAGCAACACGCUGAAAGAGUGAGAAAACGCAGUGGUUCGCGUAAGAAUCGCAGUCGCGCGCGUUCCCCGCUGGAGACUGACAACACGACGCCGGCGCCCGCCUCCGCCUCCAGCACACCCAGGAAACGCACUAGACUAUCGGCUAGCGUAAAAGUGCGUGGUCUGCUGGGGCGCGUGUGGGCGCGCGAUUCUAAGUCCAAGUCGUGCGAGAAUCUGCACGUCCUG